CAUCGCCGUUUCGUUUUUCUCGGCUUUCUGCACCAUUUUAGUUCAACGCUCCGAUAGUUCUCCAUCGAAACGAGUGAAAAGCGUGCUUCUAACUAAAAUGGCAUCGAUGCGUUCCCUCGGUCUGAUCAACACAAAUCGCCAACUCAACGAAAAUCAAAGCAGGAAAUCGCAGCAUCCAACGAAAGCCGUGAAAGCAUCCGGAACGCCAGCAGCCAAGAUCGCUCUGAAGGAUGUGACCAACAACAGCCAAAAACAGGCGGCAGAUCGAAUCACCGUUUUUAAAGACGGGGCGGGAAGCAAAGCCAAGCGUUCGACGGAAAAAUCUCCCAACGCCACGACAACUGCGAUCCUGCAAAGUAUCGCCUCAUCGACGAAGAAACCGACUGCGGGAAAGGGCUCCGCAAAGUUCAGCAUUUUCACGCCUCUGGAUGCAGAGUACCAGUGGGGAGCUGAUAAUUGUCGCCUACGGAAUGACCUGUUGGAGCAGAUGAUCAACUGUGCGCACGUCACGCCUGCCUCGCGACCCGAAAAGCGACCCCUUCCAAAGCCGACGCGAUCGGAUUUGCUCGAUCUUCCGGAACUUGACGAACCGUGGGAUUACAAAGCAAAUCUGCUAGAUGCACCAGCGCAGCGCAAACCAUUGGCACUUCCAGCGGAAGACUUUCCGCUUGUAGACAUCCCAGAUCUCGAGUUUUUGUUCUAAUGUUAGCGUUAUUUUUUGCGCCUAAUGUUAAUUUUGACUGAAAUCCCACUGAUGAUCAACCAUCUAGCUAUGUAGCUCGCGUUUAAUGGGGUGAAAUUUGUUUUCUAUACAUCUAUUUAAUGAAAUAAAAUAUUGACGAGAAAUACUUGAA